CUUUCCGGUGAUCUUAAACUGCUAUUAAGUUGUCUUCAAAUAAACACUAAAACUAAACAUUGGAAAAAAUCUGUCUUAUUCAUAAGGCACAUAGUAAAGUAAAGGACAUUUAUAAUCAUCUGUGCCCUGGGAAAGAAAGUGAAAUUAGAAUGCUGCUUCAGUGUCAGUAGGAGCACUGAAGGACUCUUACUACCACACCCUUGCCCCACCCAGCCCCUGUACACACCACUUUUGCCAUCAUUGCUCCGUGUUGUGUGUGUUCUGGGAUUACUUACCCAUGGCAGCAUUUCCUAUAACUGGGUUACUGGGUGCUUGUUAGUGUCCCUUAACAUUUCAGAUGUGUUGCUAGACUGACAAAUUCUCUUUUUGCAAGUUUCAAGAAAACUAAUGGUCCCCAUUUUGAAGUGACUGGAGAUUUUUAAAAACGCGUUUCCCCCUCAAUUCCUGUCACCCGUUGGUGGGGGCGGUUUUGUCUUUACGUAGUUCUCCAGCUGCACGAUUGUGUGCACGCGUUAGCAUCUGUGUGCUUACUCCGUGCAGUCUUCAGAAUAUUUUUGUUGUGCACUGAACUGCAAGCGCUGGCCUCUUUUAUGAAAGAAGGUCACCUUAUACUAUUUCAUAUUUCAGUUCCUUAAAUUAUAUCAAUAUGAUAAUAGAAUGCAACAUUGUCGUCAUAUUUAUUGUUUAAAUCUAAUUUUCAAGUUGUGUUUUGUUGAGGGUGAGAGAGCAACAAACUUGAAAUAUUUUCAUUUGUCAUAAACUCUGUCUGGUUUUGACACUUUUACAGCUGCACCUAAAUAGAAAAAAUAGGUCAGUUUGUUGCUAUGAUAGGAUAGAUUUUGGCAAAGUGUGAGAGGCCGUUUAUGUGUGUGUUCAUGUCUCCAUCAAGUACACGUUUCUCUCUGGCUUUAAAGUCUGUGUUCCUAGAGACAGAAUUAUAUUAUUAAUGGGAGGCCUUAAUUGGCACUCAGAAUGGUUAACAUAGUUUUCUUAAUUUAAAAAGGCUUCUAUUUUUCAGCCUGAUUGGAAAAUCCUCUUACGACUUCAGUGUUUCCUGAGUUUCUUCAUCCCCACUCGAUUGCACAUGUAUUUUCCUAUUUUGUCUCUGCUUUUAAAUACUGGAUUUUAUUUUUAUCCAUGAAUAGAAGAAAAGCAUUUUAUUGAAACAGUCACGUCACGUCAUGGAUUUUACCCACAGGAAGAAAAUAAGGUUAACGUUUUGCUGGUAGAAAUGGAGCGACACAGCAAUAGUUUAAAGAGCUGUGAAUUGAGUAACUUUUUUUCUUAACUUAAAUGGCAUUUCUCUCAAAAACAAGCAAAUGCUUGCUUAGUGGAGGGAGAGGGUUUGCAGUUUAACAUAAAAGAAUUUUUUUCUGUAAUGGUAUCUAUACUACACCUCUGAGGGAGUGAGUAGCAUAUUCAGAAAAUAGAGGGAAAAUGAGAGAGUUCUAUAAAAAUGUUUCCAAAUCACUGAGCACAGAAGAUAGUGUUUCAUCUUGUAUUGACAGAAUUUUAAAAUUAAAAUAGAUAAUAGAAACAAUUUGCAAUAAGGCGUCCCCUUUAAAGAGAGAAUUAAUAACAAAAUAUCUCAUAGUAGAUUCUAAUGUCUAAACUAUUAGUAAGAUUUUAGAUGCUUGAAACAGAAUGCUUUUUCCUUCCUUGUUUUGUAAAGAGUUUGAAUUGUCAACCAUUCUCUAUGAGAUGCGGUGGGGGCCCAGGAAGACACAGUCUGUCAUUGUAAACACAAGUAAUGAGGUUACUCCUCGAGUGGAAAUUUGGUCUAGAAUUUAUGUUGUAAAGUUUUAUUCUUUUAGAGAAUCUUCUAAACCAGAUUUUAACCUUAAUUAAAAACAAUAUUUAGGUCAUCUGACUUAAAUAGACUUUAAAGUUCUGGGCUUAUGAGACGUGGCUCCUGCCUGUGGAAAUAGUGUAAUGUACCAUGAAAAAGCAAUAAUUAGAGGCCGCACGUCCGCAUUAGGUAUGGGAAAAUAUGUCAAUUGGAAUGUGAUGACUCCUGCUCUUAAAUUUCUCUCUCUAUUUGUGUUUUUUAAGCAGCCAUAUUACCUAAUGGGUGUAAUGAAGCUGGUCAUGCUGAACACGCCAGCAUCGUAGACUUGGCAUGCAGUGUCAAUUACUCACCAAAAAUGAAACAAGCGGUGACUGACGUAGCGUUAGUCGUGAUCUGAAAACACGAGGCAGAGGUAACCCAGAAGAGCCGCACUCCAUUCAGGCGGAGGAGCCGGAGAGGUUUGUCCCGGAGAGUAGAACACAAAGAAUAUUGAUGGAUUUUAAACCACACUUUUUCAAGCGUUUGAGAAGACUGGAAAAGUAAUUUGUUCUCCUGCACUGCAUAUAUAGGUUAAGAUUGUUUCUGAUGCAGCUGAGAAAAAUGCAGACCAUCAAGAAGGAGCAGGCGUCUCUUGAGACUGGUCACAGUGUGGACAAGAUGAUGGUGCUUAACUCUGCUUUAACUGAGGUCUCUGAAGACUUGACGACAGGAGAAGAGUUACUUCUAAACGAAGGCAGCGUGGGGAAAAACAAAUCUGCAUCGUGUCGGAGGAAACGGGAAUUCAUUCCCGACGAAAAGAAAGAUGCCAUGUAUUGGGAAAAACGGCGGAAGAAUAACGAAGCUGCCAAGAGGUCUCGUGAGAAGCGUCGACUGAAUGACCUGGUUUUAGAGAACAAACUCAUUGCACUGGGAGAAGAAAACGCCACUUUAAAAGCUGAACUGCUUUCCCUGAAAUUGAAGUUUGGUUUAAUUAGCUCCACAGCAUAUGCCCAAGAGAUUCAGAAGCUCAGUAAUUCCACAGCUGUGUACUUUCAAGAUUACCAGACUUCCAAAGCCAGCAUGAGCUCCUUUGUGGAGGAGCACGAGCCCUCGAUGGUGGCCAGCAGCUGCAUCUCCGUCAUUAAGCAUUCUCCGCAGAGCUCCCUGUCUGAUGUCUCGGAAGUGUCCUCGCUGGAACCUUCUCAGGAGGGCCCCGCGCAGAGUCCUGAAAGCAAGUUCCAGGUCAUCAAGCAAGAGCCGAUGGAACUGGAGAGCUACACGAGGGAGCCGAGGGACGACCGAGGCGCCUACCGGGCAGCCGUGUACCAGAGCUACGUGGGGAACCCUUUUCCUGGCUUUUCACACUCUCCGCCCCUCCUGCAGGUCCACCCGUCCUCCAGCAACUCUCCGAGGACGUCAGAAACCGACGACGGGGUGGUCGGGAAGUCAUCCGACGGAGAGGACGAGCAGCAGGUUCCCAAGGGCCCCAUCCACUCUCCCGUGGAACUGCCGCGUGUGCACACGACGGUGGUUAAAGUUCCAGAGGUGAACUCCUCUGCCUUGCCCCACAAGCUUCGGAUUAAAGGCAGAGCGAUGCAGAUAAAAGUGGAAGCGUUCGACAACGAGUUGGAUGCCGCGCAAAAACUUUCCUCGCCGAUUGACAUGACAUCCAAGAGACAUUUUGAACUCGAGAAGCACAGUGCCCCAAAUAUGGUACACCCUUCCCUCACCCCUUUCUCAGUGCAAGUGACGAACAUUCAAGAUUGGUCUCUCAAAUCGGAACACUGGCAUCAAAAAGAAUUUAAUGGCAAAACUCAGAGUAGUUUCAAAACUGGAGUGGUUGACAUGAAAGACAAUGGCUACAAAGUUUCUGACCCAGAGAAUUUGUUUUUGAAGCAGGGGAUAGCAAACUUAUCUGCAGAGGUGGUUUCACUGAAGAGACUCAUAGCCACGCACCAAAUCUCUGCCUCGGACUCCGGGUGAAGUCCUACUGAGCCGGCUCUGGGCGUUGAGGAAGAUGUCUGCAAUAGAUGGAUACGUUUUGUACUAGGCUGAAUUUUCACUGGACUGUGAUGUCAUUUCACUGUAACAUUCACAUGUUGUCUGUUGGGUGUCUUUUUGUGCACAAAUUAUUAUGAGGAUUAGAUGAUGUUAUCACUCUGCCUUCUGUAUCGUCCAAUAGUCCAUGCAAAGGCUGUAUAUAUUGAACAUUAUUUUUGUUGUUCUAUUAUAAAGGUGUAAGUUACCAGUUUCAAUAAAGGAUUGGUGACAAACACAGAA